CGUAUCGCUGAGAUCGGAACAAAAAUGUUCUGCCUUUUUCUUCUCCUCAUUCUGCUCGUUUCUGGGGUAAGAGGAGACUGCAAUCGGAUUCCUCAAGGAGCAUCCGGUGAACGAUCGGCUGUGGAUGAUAACUUCAAGAUCCUGAUCGAUGGCAAUCCAGAGACUUAUGUGCCAGAGCAUCAGUACAAUGUUUCGUUAUCCUGUCCAAUCAACAUGAAGUUUGUGAGCUUCACUUUGGUUAUCGAGGCGGAAGAUCGGACCCUUGGUGGUGAGGAUAUGACAGGUCACUUUGAACUGCUGGGCACCACGGAUACCCGAUUCAGUACAGGAUGCGAGAACAUGGUGGAGAGCACAAACACAAACGCCAAGAUCCACAUCGCGGUGUCCUGGAUUGCACCACGUCAUCCCGACAGUGGAUGUGUGCUGAUCAAGGCGGGCGUGGUGGAACAUCGUGAUGUGUGGUUCCUGGAUGAUGGCUUUCUGACCAAGCGGAUUUGUCCCGAGGAGAUCGACGAGCUGAAUAGCUUGACGCCAGCUUUGGAAAACUGCUGCGCCUGUGAUGAAGCUAAAUAUGAGAUCGUUCUGGAGCGCAAGUGGGCGAGGAACACCCAUUCCAAGGAUUUUCCGGCCGAGGCCUGGCGUACUCGUUUGGGUGAGGUGAUCGGAGCUUCCCACAGCUAUAGCUAUCGCUACUGGGCCUACGGAGGAAGAGCUAGCCAGGGAAUGAAGGAGAUGGCUGAGCAUGGAGCCACCCGCACACUGGAAAACGAGAUCAGGGAGAAUACUCAAAAUGGAGAAGUGCGGACUAUUAUUAAAGCUCCUGGCAUUGCGCACCGUUUGAAUGCCUUUGGAACCACACUGGCUAAUGCUCGUGUAGAUCCUGUUCAUCAUCAGAUCUCGCUGGCAGCCAAGAUCGAUCCUUCGCCCGAUUGGAUACUGGGGGUGGCAGGAUUGGAGCUUUGCCUAAGUAACUGCACAUGGCUGGAAAGGAAGGUGUUGAAUCUGUAUCCUUGGGACAUAGGCACCGAUUCGGGUCCAUCUUAUAUGUCAGCAGAUCAGCCACAGGUGCCACCGGAUGUGGUACGCCGCAUUACAUCCUCGUAUCCCAGCGACUAUCGAUCUCCAUUUUACGAUGACACUGGCGCCUCUAUGAAGCCCUUGGCCACUCUUUAUUUGACCAGGAAGAAGCUUUACAUCCGGGAGUGUGAAGAGGUUCCGCAGGAGGGUCCCCUUGAGUGCGCUGUGCAUCCAUGGAAUGAGUGGUCCAACUGCAGCACUCGUUGUGGUCAGGGCUACUCCCAGCGCCAGCGUAGCUAUAAGAAUCCCAGCCUAGCAGUCAGCUUCAACUGCAAUCUUCGCUUGGAGGAGAUGCGUCAGUGCCAGGGAACCCAAUGUGGAGCAGGGGAGGAGGAACUUGAGGCCGAGGAGCCUGGCCUGGGCAUGGAGAGUCCACAAGGCGGUGGCUCAACAGCCGAAUGCCAGCUGAGCAACUGGAGCGAAUGGUCGCCGUGUUCCAAGACUUGUGGCAGAGGAUCCUCCACUCGCAGCCGCGACUACAUCAAUUCGCAGGCAAGGCAACGUUGUUUGUCCGUCAUGCGACUGCCGAUGGAGGAAACGAGGCAGUGCAUUGGAUCCGAUUGUGGUGGAACCAUUCCGGAUAACGGCGAGCUCGAUGCAUUACCGGAUCCAGAUUUAUUUGGGGAGUCAGAUCAGGGCGGGUAUGAUGGAAGGAGACCCUCGUGGAGUGGCAGACAGGAUGUCAACAAUAUAGGCUCUGGUAACCAGGUGUGGAAUAGAAAGGGUUUUAAUUCCGGAAAUGACAGAACACCUUACAGUCCCAUGGACAACCAGCAGGAGUCACCAAAUUCACCCUUUGGUCAGAUAGAAAAACCGCAGCGUCCUGUUUACAAUCCAUCGGACAAUGCAGGUGGUUAUGAUAAGGGAUUUUCUUCUGCAAACAGCUACAGCAAUGAUAAACUGGUGGGCAAUAGACCCGGCUAUAGUGAUUACAACAAUAGGAACACCUAUAAUGAGUAUACUACUCCUAGCUACAGACCUGGAUUCACCACACGAGCUCCCUAUGGGGGGCGGUAUCCCAGUCGGCAAGAGGAUGUAGAGGAAACCACCAUCGACAACAAUUAUAAUGUGGUUCAAGAUUACUGUUUUGAGAAGCCCUAUGCCUCCACCCGACCCUGUUUCGCCACUCCGGUGGUGGUGAACAACUUCUGGUUCUACGACCACGAGGAUCACGAGUGCAAGAUCUUCACGACGGAUAACUGCGAUGAGAAUAGGAACCGCUUCCGAACCUUGAUGGCCUGCGAAGCCACCUGUCUGCAAACACAGAUCAAUAUGGAGCGCUACGAAAACGACGCUAUGGAUAUCUACGGAGGUGGAUCUUAUGGUCAAGCAGGAGCUGGAUCUUAUGGCCAAGGAGGAGGUGGAUCUUAUGGUCAACCAGGAGCUGGAUCUUAUGGCCAAGCGGCAGGUGGAUCUUAUGGUCAAGCGGGAAGUAGAUCCUAUGAUCAAAUUGGACGUGGAUCUUAUGGUCAAGCAAAUGAUCAAUCGGAAGAUAGAUCGUACGAUAUGUCGAUAGGAAGAAAGUAUCAUAAAAACGGUGAUAGAUCCCUUGGUCGAGGAAGAGGUAGUACUUAUGGGCAAGAUGCAGGUGGAUCUUAUGACCAGGAGACUGGAAAAGCUUACGCCGAAUCAGCAGGCGAAAUUGGAGAACCCAUGUCUCAGACCAGAAGUAGAUACGACUCAUCAAGACGCGGUCGUUACGGUAGCCGGUAA